AUGUUCACUCUUAGAGAGCAGUCGUUCAAGCCGCCGGACGAGAUCACCCAACGCGCGCGCCAGGCGGUGUUGGACAACAUCGGCAAGCCCCGGUCCAAGAACGAGUCUAUCAUCGACCGUGUGCGCCACCGGUCUGCGCUUUUCGCCAAGAGACGGCCCCAGCUGGCUCCUUUGAGCAGGACUGUUUCGUACGACUCGAACCGGUCGGUGUUUUCCACGCCGUCGUCGCUGCAUACUACCGCCACAAGCAUCCAGAGCGAGCCGUUGCGCGUGCCCAACUCCGAUUUCAAGGACCUCGUGUCCGAACCGGAUACCUUGGCUCUUGGCCUUGGCGCCGUGUUGGACCAGGUGACCGCGUGUGCGGACGUGGGCAACCGCGUGUUCAACGAGCUGAGCGCCGUGCUGCGCGACACACAGAAGCGCGCGGGCGCCAGCUCGCCCGAGAAACUCAUCGACUGGAACCUCAACCUGCUGCGGGUGCUUUUAUUUGUGCGCGAGGCCAGCCUGCCCCACCACUGGCGGGGGAAACAGGUGUUCGUGCAGCUCGAGACGGGAGAGCUCACCGACCACGGCGCGCUUGUCAGCGAGGUGACCAAGAUCCGCCGUUUGCAGAAUCCGCAGUACAACAAGUUCCUGUUUCAUGUGGCCUCCCCUUCGUUGCAAGACAAGUCCCCACUCAGGGUGACCGCCUUGGGAGACACCCCACAGCAGAUUCUGCAAACUCUGGUGGAGAGUGACCUGUUCCGCGAAUUUAAUAUAGACACCCAGUUCAAGCACCUGGUGGCCAAGGUGUCCAUCGAGAACUCGCUGCCGCUGGGCCCCGACUUCGUCGCCGUCGCCCUGCGCAACUACUUCCUCAACCUCUUGGUGGCCUCGCAAACGCUCUUUGAGUUCUACUACACCCACAAGGUGGGGGUCGACGUCGACAACAUGUCUUCGAGAGAAAGACGCAUUCUAUGGAACAGCAUCCGCCAGCGCAACUUCGACAAGGUGCGUGUGUUUGACGACAACUUGCCCACGUCCCGCAUCGCUUAA